CACUACUUUGAUCUUAUUUGAACCAACAAGGUCCAUGAGAUCUUGUAUGGGAUGAUAAGUUUCGAGAUCUGAGCUUUCAAAGGAAGCGAUGAUGAUUUAUUUAUAAUUUCAAUAACCCGUUACUCGUUUUUGGUUGAUUGCAAAGCGCAGACUUAAGAGGAGACCGCAUUUAAAAUUCGUACUCAGAAGAGCAACUGUCAAAAUGGCUUAUCUGCGUAAAAUUAGAAUUUCGGUGUGAGUAAGUAUCGGAAUCUAUCGCCAUGUCCCUCCGGAGUGUGAUAGCGUAAAAUUAUUGCUGAUACAGAGUCGGUAUUCGGUGGAAUAGUUUUGUUGUUUUGUCAGUUGUUCAGAAAAUACUAUAUUUGGCGAUAAAAAAUGCAACAGCCAGGUUGAUUAACAGUUUAACAGUUGGUUUGUAAAUUUAUUGUUAUUGACACUGAAAUGCGGUUACAUAUUAUAAUCUACCAAGCUAUGGCUAUCGUACACACUCAGCACAUAACUUUACAGGCCAAGCUGAAGCAACUUCAAAAGACGGCUGCUCCUAGUGAUAUCUUGUAUGCACAUCCUUCUUCCAACAAAACCCUGAUUGCAAGCCGUGGCGCAUUUGUUACGUUAUGGGACAUCAACCGAAAUCAGGACUUGGUGCCGGAAAUUCGUUCACUGAAGACCCCGGUUAACGUUGGAUCUGUUCGGAUGUGUGUGGGUGUUUCGGAUGUGGAAGUAACGUUUCUUGAAGAUGACGUCUGCGGUCUGAUUGUAAUGUUUGGGACUGCAGUGGACGGCUUUAAUUCUGUCAAUGAUGCGGGAGCCGGUAAAAACCUUCUUCGCACGAUUCACACAAUCCUCAGUUUUUCGGCAUCAAAUAUAAGAAGGAGCCUGGAAGAAGUGAUGGUUCGCAGUGACCUCGACGGAAUGAUUAUCUGUGCAUUGUAUCGAGUGAGCGCGAAUUCCGGUGACAGAUAUACAGUGCACGAUAUCCAAUGGUCCCGAAUUAUUCCGUCCUACAAGAAAGAUACAGAAAUGCAGGAUAUGCUGGAGCGAGAAAUUAUGCAUUUCGAAGCAGCAGAAUACUUGGAUGAUGUUUUUCGGUUGUUCCCGAGACUUGAAUGCUACGUUCUGGGAGCCUGCUUAUAUCACAAACAAAUGCUGAUGAUUAACCAUCUUUCUGCUCCCCUUCAUGAUCCGGUGUACAAAUAUCUGCUUCUUCAUAAGAAUGGCUUUCGCAGCGAAAAGGAUCUCGACAAACAACACGUGAUAAAGUGUUACCCGAAAAACGUUGGGAUAACGGCAAAUGACGGCGCAUCUUAUUACCUUUUGUGGACAAGUUCGGAGAAUCUCCUGCUGUGCUGCCUCUUGGAAACGUACGGAACAGGAGAAAGCGCUGACGUGAUGCUUUUUGGAACUAUUUUAUCCUCGAUGCGUACGCUGAUUGGAAAGCCAGAUGUGCGCCAAAAAGCAGCGGAAGUGGCAAAUAAUUCCUUUGGUCGGUUCGCGCAGCAUUCAAAUCGCUCCAGUUUUGACCAAGAUAAAAUGGUAACUGGAACCUUGGUGCGUACCACUUCGGCUCCAAAUGUGGCACAAAAAUUCACUCUGGUGAACGAAAAAUCCCAUGGACAACGCCCAGCCAGCCUUUCCCAAGCACCUCGUUUAUUCUCAAUGUCUUCGGAAAAUCUGACUCGCCAAGCAAUUGCCGGUGCAGAAAUUAACUCAAGGCGAAGAUCCGGGAUAAUAUUUAGUGUAACCAUCAGCGGGAAGUCGCAGUCGAUGGUUUUGGAAUCUCUCAUAGACGAGUACAGCCGUAAUUCAUUUCUUCCACCAAAGCUAUUCGACGAUUUUAUCCGACAUAUUCCCAUAUUACGGAACUUAUUUACGAGCACCUUAUCGCAUUCGGAAGAAAUCACGCUUCUUCUUGAAUAUCCAUCGCCGUCGCUUUUCAAGCGGUAUUGGAUAUCGGGCCGGAUUUUGGAUAAUCCACUACGGGAAAUAUUCCUGUGUUAUCAAGAAGGAUCGGAAACCGCGGUUGCACUAGAUUACCUGAUGAAAAUGUGAUUAUAUUUUGUUUUUUUAUUUUUGUGCAAUGAUAUGAAGGCGAAUAACUGUAGUUAUAGUGAACAGCAAUAAAACAGCAAUA